AUGAACACAUCAAUUCGUCUGCUUUCGAAGAGACAAUCAACUGAAAAGGUGUGGAAGGCAGUGCCCCUGCCACAGCAGUUCCACACAUCACUCGAAACUGGCGAUUGGAUGAAGGCUUUGCAUGCGUAUCAGCGUCAUCCUUAUCAUGCACCUCCCGUGGAUACAUUUGAUUUGUUGAAAGCCGUGAUGCACGCAACCGGCGUGCGUGUAGACGACGUGAAAAGCCGCUUUAAUGAAAAGAUACGUCUCUCCGCGAUUUUACAGAGAAAGGCACCGGAUGAAGUGGAGUGGAGUGUAUUUUGGGAAGCACUUAACAAAGGUGAUUCCAAAACCAUCAGUGCUGCACUGAUGGGAGCCCGACUUUCCAGUGUUUCACAACAGAUAUCAACGGCUGAGGCGUGCGCCGUGCUAUUGAAAGCCGCCGGUGAAGAUUGGGAGGAAAAACUUGUGGAUAGCUUUCCGUUUGCAACCGUUACGCGGUGUAAUUUGGUUCAUGUUGCUUUGGCGCACAAGCGAUGGGAUGUUGCUGUGGAGCUGUUGCGAAACGUUCGUAUCACCCGAAGCGAUGUCGUUACCCUGUGGCCACUGAUCGAAGAACUCGAUUGGGAAAAGGCUCUGAUGCUCAUAUCCGCGUGCCCGAAGAAUUCGGUACCGUUCGAUCUUGCUUUGACGCAUAUUCUUCGUGGUGGUUGUAGCCUGCAGCAUCUGUCUGAGCACCUGGAGAACGCAUGUGUGCUUGGUGAUGCUGAUGUUGUUGCGCCGCUUUUAGCCCACGCUGUGGAGGUUGGCGACUGGGAGUACGUUGGAAGAGGAAUGGACCACCUCGUUGACAUUGGCCAGGUAUCUCAACCAGCGCGUGAGGUGUUUGAACACAUGGGGAAGAUUCAUGGGACGGAGAAAGUUUGCAAGCGAUUGGAGGAAAAUCGCAUACCACUCCACCGUGUUACAGUCGAAAGGUUGGAAGCACUCAAGUUGUGA